AUAUGUUUUUGUGCGAGUAGAAAAUUACUUUUGUACCCAUUCGAAGUAAAGAGGACUUAUUUAACAUUUUUCGUUUUCCGUUGUGUCGUCAUUUUAGCCGGAUAUGUCAACAAAACAACAAACGUCAAAAAUCUGUGUUUGGGAAGUUUGAAAUUUCCAGUAAACUGACAAAUUAAUUCGCAUAAAAUUAGAAUGUAGGCACAAUUUCUGAUACAAGUUAAUAUAAAAUAGUCAAAACAAUAAAAUGGAAAGUGGCGUUACGAAAGAAUUUUCGCCAGCUCUGGCAGAAACCCAAAAUGUUACGAACACAGAGUCUGCGGAUUCUUUUCAAUCAUUCAUUUACGAAUUGUUUGAAAAGAAUGGUAUACUCAACGAUUUACGAGCGUACUUACGUGGCCAUAUCGUAAAUGUGUUAAAAAGUGCCCAAACCGGUGACCCACCUCCCUGUCAGAAACAUUUCACACAACGCCUGGAGCUAACUUAUCAAGCACUAAAUAUUCUCAUAGCUGAAUACCUGCUGCGUCUAGAGUUCACAUACAGCUUCUCCGUGUUCAUAUCAGAGAUACCAUUGGCUAACAUGGUGUUUGGGUUCGCCAAGUCCCUUAUGGAACGUACCGAGGAGAAUAAGGCGGAGAUGAGGUUCAGAGACACAGAUGUUUGGUCUAUACUUAAUUAUUUAGGAGUGCAGUGUGAUUCAGAACACGCGUCAAACAUUUUCGAAAUGUAUAAAAAUGACAAACAACAACCCUUGUUGCUCUGCAUACUGAAAUGUAUGCCCAUGUACAAAGAGUAUAUGCCAGCUACUGCAAUCGCAUCAGAUGAGUCACUAUCUAGUGCCAAAACGUUAAUCAGUGUCGAGAACAAAGACCCGCCGAGUUUGGAAACCUGCAAACACUAUGUCUACUGCAAGAGUUGUCAGAAUCGCAUGUACAGGCUUACGGAGUUGACUAAGAAGAAGAAGAAGUGUUUUGCUAAGAACGUGAAAGAUGCCGCUUUGGUAAAUACAGCGAAUAUGGAGGGUCUCGUUAAGAAUAUCAGCGUCAUGGAGAAAAGCCUCAUUGAAGAGAUGUUCCAACAACUGAAGUCGGUAUACGAGACUGAGGUGGAGAUGGUGAAGGUGGAAGAGGAGAACAAGGUGAAGCGCUCCAUGGCAUCGCAUGCAUUGCAGCUGCAGAAGAAACGAGAUGAGAUGGAGGAGACAUUCAAAGCGCGCGAGGCCGAGCUAGAACGUACAGUACAACAGAAGAAGCGGUUCCUGUGGGGGCUAGCGCGAGCCCUGCGCGACCAGCACGAGCACAUGACGCGCGCCAUGCACGACGUGCGCGCUGAGACACAGCGCCUCUCUGUCAAGGAAGACAGUCUAAAAUCGCAACUGGCUGAAGCCGAACAGAUUCUAAAAAAACGCGGUGAAGAAAUGCGCGCCCAGAUUUCCAACGAGCUCACGAUACUCGAAGGACACUUAGAAUCUAUGAAACAAGAGAGAGAAAACAUUACCAAAGAACGCUUAGAACUCGAAAACAUGAAAACCGUUCAAGAAUCGAACAGCAAAUUAAUAAAAGUACACAAUAUGGAAAGUGAAACUGUACAUUCGCAUUACAACCUACUCAAAGAUGAGUUAGCGAUACUCCGAAAGUAUCUUGAAUCUUCGAAAUUGACCCCCAGAUGUGUUAUAGAAAGGGGUACAAUUACCGAACACAGUGCUUCAACGUCGAGAUUGAACGAAACGUUGAAUAAUAGCCAGCUGAAUGAUAAAUGUUCGAAGAGCGAAGAUUUUGAGGACAGGUUGAAGACCACUCAAGUCGUCAAUGAUUUUAGGAAGAAGAAUGUUAAUUUCAGUCAGUCGAAUUUAGACGAGAUCUACCACGAGAGGGCUCGCGAGCGCAGCCGGUCGUCGGCGUCUAGCGAGGCGGGGGACACUGCGGCCCCUGACCUUGACCUCGACAGGGGGGGUGAACGUGACCUUAUACAGCGGCUUAGAGAGGAGAAUGAGAGGCUUAAAGCGAUUGCCGCUCAGCAAAGUCGUCAAAUCGAGCAGCUAUCGGCGAGCGCGGCGACGCAACUCACGCGGCCGCGCACCGCGCCGCCCGUGCCGCCGCCCGCGCAACCUGGCUACAACGUAAACACAAGCGCUAGCGUGAACACAGUGAGCUUCGGGUGGCGCAAGGGCGCCGGCGAGGAGCUCAGCAUGUUCAGCGACGCCCAGCCACGCAUCGUGCUGCCCGGCGACACGCUGCCCUUCAUCGGCGUACUGCGCGACACGCAUCCUACUGCCAGGAGGCCGCCGCUGGGGCAGUCCCGCGCGGGCCGCACUCGCGCGUGCUGGCCGCUCGCGGGCGUCACCAAGCGAAACGUGUCGCCGCUCAAAGAGAGACGACCUGCAGGCACCAGCGGGUUGUGUCUGCGAGUGAGCGGCGCGGGUCGCAUGCCGAUCGCAUCGUGUUCGGUACAGCCGCAAGACGAGGGCUACACCCGGUCUAUACGAGUGCAACAACGUUCGCGGCCGACACUGUCCAUAGAGAAAAAUCGUAACCGCGAGAAAAGCCCAAAAUCCUUACUAAGAGAGGCCAAAGAGAGACUCAGGAAUUUUUCAAGUAAAGAGAGCAGUUACCGCGGCAGUCCGCCAGCGGUUCGCGACAAGAGUCCCAACGCGGUGCUGCGCGAGGCAAAGAUGCGACUGCGGAAGCUCGAGAUCGAGGCCGAGGCCGUCGAGAAGUCUUACCUCGACUUCCGGCGCAAGCAGUCACAGCAACGCCUCGAGAGGAGUAGGAUGCAGCAUGAAACUGCUGCUACAGAGAGAAACAGGAACAUUGAUGUGAAGCGAAGCCGAUCGGAGGAGCAUUUGGAUGAAAACACCAAAAACGAAAUAGUCGCACAGUUUACCGACUUAAAGAACUCUGUGCGCAACGACUUUGACAACUAUAUCCGCGAGUACAAGAACAGGUUCGACAUCGGGGAGACGCACUUUAGAAUUAAACCUUCAGUCGUGGAGAAAGUGAAGCCGAUCCCCAAAGCGUACUGCGGUAUCACUGAGUACAGCCACAAGGACGAGCGCGGCAACUACCUCGACACGCCGCUCGCGGAGUUCCGCAAGAUGUACGCGAGCCAGCCGCGUCCACACAGCGCCUCCUCCGACCGCUCGCCCGUCCGCGACCACUCCGGACACUCCGGCGACCAGAUCAAGCAACUGUCCGCCCGCAAAGAAGCACUCAAAAAAGCCAAAAACAACAAACAAGUUGAACUAGAACUGUUAAAACAAAAUAUUACCAAAAUGUAUAACUUGUCCCCCGACGACGACUCCGCCUUAGACUUGAGGAGCGACAAGGACAACAGUCAAGCAAUGAUGAAAGGCUCCGAGGAGAACCUACUGAGAGUGGAAGUGGAGAGUAUCAGUGAGAUCGACAACAUCAAGUCGCAGACGCAGGAACUGUUGCUCGUGGUGCAGAGUUCAGUGAACCCGCGCGAGAUGACGCUGACGGGGCGGGAGGCGCCGGGGGAGGUGCAGUCUGCGGUGAUGACCAUCAUCGUCAGCCCCAAGUGCAGCGAGUCGCAAAGUCCAGUGCCCACCCCCGAGCACAGCCCCGCACGAGGCCCCGGUCGCAGCUCGAGCCGCAGCCCCGCGCGUCGGCCACACAGCCCCGGCCGCAGCACCGGCCGCAGCCCCGCGCGAGGCGCCGCAGGCGGCACGUGCGCGGCGGGCGGGGAGGGGGGCUCGCCGGAGCAGGCGGCGCAGCUCACACGUAACGACGUCCUCGACGCCAUCUUCCACGCCGACCCCACCGACCACAUCUCCAGCGUACAAAUGCAACUGGAACUCUCUAAAGACAUUCUAGACGACUCCGCGAGCGGCGAAUACGAUAAGGGCGAGUAUCCGGACGACUUUUCGGCCGACGUAGACAAUUACAACAGCCGCUCGGAUUACGAUCAGAACUCGCCCAUAUCUCUGCCCAAGACGUCCGAGGAUGAUAACGAUAACUUUUGGGACACGUAGAAGCACCACGGUGCGAGUCAGCGGUUUGAAAAACAAAGCUAUUCGGAUAUACCACUUACCCGGUACUUAAGUCUCUAGUUUGUAUGAAGAUAUACAUCGGCACUGUACCCCCAAUGUUCUAUACCCGAGCUUAACAAUUCUCGUUUCCUGUGACGAAAUAUAAUCAACGCUCUCUGGUAGAAAACA